AUGCUCAUGGAAAUCCCUUCAGUGACUGCACAAGAAGCGUGGUCGUGGGAACAGUACUUGACAGAACAGAAGGCAACAGCAGCACCUGUUGAACUGUUUUCCAAGGACCAAUCCUUUCCGGAGCAUGAAAAUGGUUUUCAGGUUGGAAUGAGAUUAGAAGGCAUUGACCCCCGACAUCCAUCUGUAUUCUGUGUGCUUUCUGUAGCUGAGGUGUGUGGUUACCGCCUCAGACUUCACUUUGAUGGUUAUUUAAGCUGCUAUGAUUUUUGGACCAAUGCUGGUUCCCCUGACAUUCAUCCGGUAGGGUGGUGUGAGAAGACCAAACACGAAUUGCACAUCCCUAAGGGUUAUAGAAAAGAUAAAUUUGUUUGGAUGGAUUACUUGAAGGCCUGCAAAUUGCAAAAUGCUCCCAAGAAAUUAUUCAGAAACAGAAGUUCUAAUGGGCCAAUGCCUAAAGAAUUUCAGGUUGGAAUGAAGCUGGAGGCCGUCGACAGGAAGAACCCUUCCUUGGUGUGUGUGGCAACCAUAGCCGAUAUUGUUGAAGAUCGCUUACUAGUGCAUUUUGACAAUUGGGAUGAUAGUUACGAUUACUGGUGUGAUGUAAAUAGCCCUUAUGUUCAGCCAGUCGGUUGGUGUCAGGAGAAUGGAAGAACUCUGAUAGCACCCCAAGGUUAUCCUGAUCCAGAAAAUUUUUCCUGGACAGAAUAUCUGGAAGCUACUCAAACUAAUGCCGUUCCUGCCAAAGUUUUUAAAAUGCGGACGCCCCAUGGUUUUCUGCCGAGCAUGAGACUUGAAGCGGUGGACAGACGGAACCCCAGGCUCAUUCGCGUGGCUACGGUCAUCGAUGUGGAUGACCAGAGGGUAAAGGUUCAUUUCGAUGGCUGGGACCACAAAUAUGACUACUGGAUGGAUGCAGACAGCCCUGACAUUCACCCAAUUGGAUGGUGUGAUAUAACAGGGCAUCCACUGGAAAUCCCAUAUCGAGCAAAUGAUGUGAAAAUCCUUCCAGGUCAAGCUGUUUGUCCUACUCCAGGGUGCCGAGGAAUAGGCCAUAUCCGUGGUCCACGGUAUUCAGGACAUCACAGUGCUUUUGGCUGCCCAUAUUCAGACAUGAACUUGAAAAAGGAGGCAACACUUCAUGAUCGUCUGAGAGAACAAACACAGGCAAAUUUGGAAUCCGACUCUUCGCAUUUGAAAUCGAAGAACCUCUGCAGUUUGAACUUCAACGGAAAACAUGAAAAGGUGAACAGUCAGCCUAGACUUGUACAGCAGGCAAAGUGUUUGAAAAUCAAAGGAAAAGAAGAUAUUGACUUGGAUAAUCUCUUCAGAGAAUAUUCUGCUGAGCAGACACAGCAGGCGCUGCACCAGUCCGUCUUCAUGUCCUCCGUGUCGGCCCACCCCUUCCGGGACCUUCCCCUCGGCAGGGAGCAGCACUGCAAGCUCCUUCCAGGUGUGGCCAACAUCCAGGCCAGCGAGGUGGCCCGAUGGACAGUGGAUGAGGUGGCUGAAUUUGUACAGUCUCUUCUGGGCUGUGAAGAGCAUGCCAAGUGCUUCAAGAAAGAGCAGAUUGAUGGCAAAGCCUUCCUGCUUCUGACUCAGACGGACAUCGUCAAGGUGAUGAAGAUCAAACUGGGUCCAGCACUGAAGAUCUAUAAUUCUAUCCUCAUGUUCAGGAAUUCCCGGGACCUCACUGAAGAAGAUUCUCUCUCAGGCCAAGAAGCCAGAGGAUAAACGCACCACCUGAACGGCCACGGCACCAGGACCUUGUUCUUUCAGCAAUAAAACUGGCCCACAUUAGUUUGAUUUGAAUGUCCCCAUGGUCAU